UCUUAAAUAUGAUAGGGACAUGGUCAACCUGAAUAGAACCCAAGUCAACGCAGAAGGAGACCUAGUCUCCAACAUAUGGCCGAAUGCCACACCUGCAGAGGAAGACAGACUGAAGAACUUCUGGGGGACAUGUAGUAGUGUCCCCCUCGCCCGGGCUGGUUGUCUGCAGUACUUCGAGACGGAGGCAAGGGUUGGCCUGGAAAAACCACUCAAUGAGAAUGUCCUCCUCUUGGAGGUUGGUGUCUGUCCUAAGGAAGAGAGGGACAUAAAGCAUAGUAUAGGAGGUCGUCCUCAUGCUUACUGUUUGGACGUCAAUUCCUGUACUACUCACGAAGGGAUAUGCAGGGCAAUCAGGAAGGAGGGAAAACGUGUGUUACAUCUUCCUGACACCAUACCCAACACAGCAGGGGCAUCAGGCACACUUCAUUACGGUAUCGUCUAUGAUGACGCCAGAAAGAAGAUUGUCUUCAUUGAUGUGAAGGAGAACAAAGUGAUGUCGACAGUAGACAAGGUAGACUCCAGUCAACCCUUGUGGCCGAUGUUCGGGGUGUAUAGCUCAGGAAAGAGCCCUGUCAGCAUGAAGCUAGUCGUGGGCAGCGACAUUAACAUGACAGAGGAGAAGAAGGCAAUGAUUGUCAAGGCACUGGCGUGAUGUCGUAGUAC